CGAAUAAAUUUCUGCACUCAUAGAAUUUCAUAGCACAAGCGGAUGAGAUCCCCAUAAACCGCUUGUAGAAUUACAAAGCAACGGUGAGCUUGAAAGCACUUUUGUUGCUCGUAAGAUCUCUUGAAUUGUAGAAGAGCAGAGCUUGAUCUAGUUCCAUAUGAAGAUUAAAGGGACUUCUGUUUUGGUCUUUGUGGCUUUGGUACUACCAACUGUUAUUGCAGAAAGUACGCAAACAUGUCGAGCAAAUCUUGAGGCUGCAUGCGAUGGUGGUUCUUCAGAUGGCUGGGAUGGAGAGUUCUUCCCAGGAAUCUCAAAGAUCAAAUACGAAGGUCCAACCAGCAAAAACCCACUUUCUUAUAAGUGGUAUAAUGCUGACGAAGAGAUACUUGGCAAGAAAAUGAAGGACUGGAUGCGAUUUAGUGUUGCCUUUUGGCACACGUUUCGUGGUACUGGUGCUGAUCCUUUUGGUGCCCCAACAAAAUCAUGGCCAUGGGAGGAUGGCACAAAUUCACUGACUAUAGCCAAAAGAAGAAUGCGAGCACACUUUGAGUUUAUGAACAAGCUUGGAGUUGAUAGGUGGUGCUUCCACGAUAGAGAUAUAGCCCCUGAUGGUAAAACACUUAAGGAAACAAAUGCAAACUUGGAUGCAGUAGUAGCACUUGCUAAGGAGCUUCAGGAAGGGACAAGUAUCAAACCAUUGUGGGGUACUGCACAACUUUUCUUACAUCCACGUUACAUGCACGGAGCUGCUACUAGCUCAGAGGUUGCAGUUUAUGCUUAUGCAGCAGCUCAAGUCAAGAAGGCUAUGGAGGUAACUCAAUACUUGGGAGGAGAAAACUAUCUUUUUUGGGGUGGCCGAGAAGGCUAUCAAUCCCUUCUUAACACUGAUAUGCAAAGAGAACUUGAUCACAUGGCAAGCUUUCUUCAGGCUGCUGUUGAUUACAAAAAGAAACUUGGCUUCAAGGGAAAUCUGCUUUUGGAACCCAAGCCGCAAGAACCUACAAAACACCAAUAUGACUGGGAUGCUGCAACAACCUUUGCUUUCCUUCAAAAACAUGGCCUUAGUGGAGAAUUCAAGUUGAACAUCGAAUGUAACCAUGCUACUUUAUCUGGUCAUAGCUGUCCUCAUGACCUUGAAACUGCAAGGAUAAACGGACUACUUGGAAAUAUAGAUGCAAAUACUGGCGAUCCCCAGAUCGGUUGGGACACUGAUCAGUUCCUCACAGAUAUUGCCGAGGCAACCCUUGUUAUGCUGAGUGUUGUUCGAAAUGGAGGGCUUGCACCCGGUGGAUUCAACUUUGAUGCAAAACUGCGGAGGGAGAGCACUGACGUCGAGGAUUUGUUCAUCGCCCACAUAUCAGGAAUGGACACACUAGCUCGUGGGCUCCGAAAUGUUGCGAAACUAAUUGAGGAUGGUUCCCUUGCGGAGCUUGUCCGAAAACGCUACCAAAGCUUUGACACUGAGAUUGGUGCUCAAAUUGAGGCUGGGAAAGUUGAUUUUGAAACACUUGAAAAGAAGACCUUGGAAUGGGGCGAACCAUAUGUUCCCUCAGCGAAACAGGAACUGGCGGAGAUGAUAUUUCAAUCUGCAUUGUAGACAUACAGUGCUCGAUGCAGUAUAUGAACACAGAGUCUACGAAUAAAAUUUCCAGGUGAAACAGAGCCAAAGCUGACUGAUUUCUCAAUAAUUUCGUCAUCUGUGGCAAAACUUAGUGUAUCGCAGUCUGGACUCUGAGUUAUUGAUGUCUUGUGAAUCCUUGGAGGUUUGGAUUGUUCAUGGAUGAGUAGUUCUUUAGCUGUGUUGGUGUCUGACUGUGUUUAUAUACUAAGUACGGAACUUUUAUUCUGAAAUACAAAAAAUUGGACAAUCAA